GGCGCGAAUGUUGACAUAUAUGUUGACAAUAUUGUUUUGCACUCGAAUUGUUCUUUAUUUAUUUUAUGAGAGAAAUUGGCUAAAAUAUGCUGUAAAUCUUUUAUAUAGACAAUCAUGGGUAUUACGGGUUUAUUACCAUUUAUAGAUAAAGCCUCGAGGCGGACUAAUAUUAGUGAAUUUAGUGGCUGUACAGUGGCUAUUGAUUCUUAUUGUUGGCUUCAUAAAGGCACAUAUUCUUGUGCGGAUAAAUUAAUACGAGGGGAGCAAACUGAUAUGCACAUAAGAUACUGUAUGAAAUAUGUGACAAUGUUGUUAUCACACAACAUUAAGCCGAUACUAGUAUUUGAUGGAAGACACCUGCCUGCUAAAGCUAUGACGGAAUCCAAGAGAAGAGAGUCUCGUGACAUAUCAAAGAAACGAGCAGCUGAGCUUUUGAGUCUUGGGCAGACCGAAGAAGCUCGUAAGUUUAUGAGACGUGGUGUGGACAUUACACACUCUAUGGCGCUCAGUCUCAUCCAGGAGUGCAGGAAACACAAUGUGGACUGCAUAGUGGCACCGUAUGAGGCUGAUGCACAGCUAGCGUACUUGAAUAUUAAGAAUAUAGCCCACAUAGUUAUUACUGAAGACUCCGAUCUCAUAUUGUUUGGGUGUACUAAGGUAUUUUUCAAAAUGGACCCGGAAGGCAUGGGUACAUUAGUGGAUACAACGAAGCUACCUCUAGCUAUGAAGUGUCCGAUAGAGCGGUAUUCCUUUGAGAAGUUCAGACAGAUGUGUAUCAUGUCUGGAUGUGACUAUCUGGCGUCCCUGCCUGGCAUUGGACUGGCUAAAGCGAGGCAGUUUGUUAUUGCCACUCAGGAUCCUAAUUUUGCCAAUGCUCUUAAGAAACUGCCAAGUUUCUUGAAGAAGUCUUCCUUGGUGGUGUCGGACGAGUACAGGGAAAGUUUUAUGAAGGCGGAGGCUACGUUCAAACAUCAGUAUGUUUACGAUCCUCUAGAACGGAAGAUGGUGAGACUCACUGAACCUGACGAUGAAGAAAUCGAACAGGCAUUUUGUGUGAAUGCUGGUGAACUGUUGGAUCCUAAAACGGCAUUUGAAUUGGCACUGGGAAACCUAGAUCCGUUCACAUUGAAGAAAAUGGAUGACUGGCAUCCAGACUAUAGUAUUAAUAAGAAUGCACCGGUUAAAACGAAUAACUGGAAAGAGAAAGGCGUCUCUUCACACCCAAGUAUUUGGAGCAAAGAGUUCCUGUUAUACCUUGACGAAUCUUACCCUUGGCGAAAGAAAGAGAAGAAACCGGAGUCUAUAUUACCUGGUGUGAUCAGUAGACCGAGGAAGGUCGUCAAUCUAGUCAGUAAAUAUGUUCCUGAGACACAGGAUGAAAGUUUAUCAAUAGAAACAUUAAGCAACAUGUAUUGUAUGGAGCCAGCCGCCAAGAAGCCGAAAAUUGACUGUGAUAAUGAACUUAGCGAGACCUUUACACAAUGUACAGAAGAUGAGCACAAUAGACCAAUCAACGAGGACAAUAGUCCAGACCAAUUCAGUACGCGAGAUAACAAAUCUCCAAUACUAGAAAAUAAAGAGCGAUCUUUCAAAAAAUUACUUAAAACUGGCCAACAUUCAGUGCUAAAGAAACUCAGUAGAUUCCCUCGAACAGUCCUAGAUAAUAAUGUAGUUGAGAGCAAAUUUUUCUCAACCAAUGAAGAGGGUUCAACCAAUGAAGUUGACGUAUCUAAAGAAAGUAUCACUAUAGAAGAAUCUCCGGAACAUUCUAGCAGGAAUCCAUUUAAAAAACGUGCAAAAAUGAGUGAUGAAGAUUCUCAAAAGGAGAAUUUUGAGUGUAAUUCUAGUCCUGUUAGGCCUAAUAGUCCUAUUUUGGAGCCUAGUCCAAAAUGCAGAAGGAAUUUAAUUACUGAUAUUGUUAUGGAGGAGCAGGUUGUAGAUAAUAUGGCCAGUGAAGACUCUGUGAUAGAUAAUACUUAUCCUAUGGAGACUUUGAUUACGCCUACUGCUUCGCAGUCAUCCUUCGGUGCGUCUCAAAAGUCUACGUGGUUGACUAGUCAAUCCCAGCCUAUGUUUGGCAGUCAGUCUAACAAGCAGAGGAAUUUGAAUGGUUUCAAAAAGACUGCGCCCAAAGCGAACGGGGUUAAGAAAUCGCCACCUCUACCUAGCAACCAACCGACUUUGCUGAGCAAAUUUGGAUUUCAGAAAAAGUAA